GCCUUCUUGGCGUGUGAGGCCCCCUACCCACCCCUCAAACGUCAAGCGAUCCGCUGCUACGCGAGCACCUUGGGUUUGUACCAAGACAGCAGUUGGCGGUAUAUCCUUGAAGACAUUCAUUCUACUCUAGGCCGAGAACUGCUCAAGCUAGGGCAGCCAGAAAGGGGGCUCUAUCACUUGCUGCGCUUGCUGAUGCGUGGGGGCGCCUUCUCAUCACAGCUUCCUGGGAGGAGCGGGCUUUCCCCUCAGGAGCAAAAGGGCUUGGUCCGGGAGUUGCUGCAGGCCUGUCGAAUUCGGCCCCGGGUAGUGGCGUGGGUUAUCCCUCGCUUGGAAUGCGGCCUAAAAACGUUUGUAGCAGCCUUGCACAGAGCGGGGCCACGAGAGCAACCGCCAGACGAAGCACACAGUCACGAGGAGCAGGCCUUGUCCUCCGUGAUGGUGGCCGGUCUGCAAGUGCCGCUGGUCUUGGAGGAGACUUUGCGUGUGGUUCAGGGCAACGAGGAGCCCCUGGGGAGAGAAGUGGAGGAGAUGAAAAGAGAGCUCGAGCGGGAACUAAAAACAGCGGCUGUGAUGGGAGAGAAGGGGGGAAGCAUGCGGGAGUGGGUGCGAGCGCUUGGAAGAGUGGCGAAAGAAGAGGCGCGAGCGGCCGCUUUUUUGGCAGGUGGUCAUCGCGAUGAUGCAUCGCGUGCAGGGAGAGGGAUUUGUUGGCGGGGCCGAGACGAGCCCAUUACAGUCAGCGUGGACGUGGCAAACCCCCUAGACUUCCCCAUCACGUUGACCGACAUGCAGAUAACUGCAUCUUUCGAAGACGAAGCGCCACCAUUCCAGCCUCCUCGGCCGCCAUCUUUCACGGCAUCCGCAGCCCCCGGGAUCCAGCCUCUAAGCGUAGAGGCUGUGUCAGUAGCACUCGCUCCCUCCGAGCGCAAAUGCCUGCACCUACGCAUCCACCCGCGACGCUGUGGGAUCCUGCGUGUGACAGGCCUUCGCUGGCGAUUGUUGGGGGAGUUGUGGGGAAGCUUGGUGUUUCAGAGCCCCGGGCCCCUCUUACAGGGCACCCUGCAGCAGCGUGCGAGCCGAGCGCGGGG